AUCAUGCAAAAGAUAUAUUAGCAUUAAAUUAGUGCAUCAAUAGUGAAAGUGUUAUAGACUCAUAACUACACUCAUAUUAGCAAAUUUCAGUUUCUCUCUUCUUCUGCUAAGAAACAUGAGUACUGCAGAAAUUGCUCGAACAGUUGUUGGCGUCAUAGGAAAUAUCAUUGCCGGAUGCAUGUUCUUGUCUCCACUGCCAACAUUUGUUGGGAUAUGCAAAAAAAGAUCAGUGGAAAAGUACUCAGCAGUACCAUACCUAGCCACGUUAAUGAACUGCAUGGUUUGGACUCUCUACGGGUUACCUAUGGUGCAUCCUCACAGCUUACUUGUGGUAACCAUCAAUGGUGCAGGAUGUGUGAUUGAGAUCAUUUAUAUCACACUCUUCUUCAUCUAUUCUGACAGCAAAAAGAGACUCAAAGUCUUUCUUAGUUUACUCUUGGAGCUUAUUUUCAUUGCACUUCUCUCAUUUGUUUCAUUGACCAUGAUUCAUUCUGUUAACAAACGUUCGGCUGUAGUUGGAACUAUUUGCAUGUUCUUCAACGUUGCCAUGUAUGCUUCACCUUUAUCCAUCAUGAAACUAGUGAUCAAGACCAAAAGUGUCGAGUUCAUGCCGUUUUUUCUCUCUUUAGCUUCAUUUAGCAAUGGAGUGUCUUGGACAAUUUAUGCUCUCAUCCCUUUUGACCCAUUCAUUGCUAUACCAAAUGGGAUUGGGACAUUGUUUGCGGUUAUACAACUGAUUUUGUAUGCAACAUAUUACAAGUCAACGAAAGAACAGAUAGCAGCAAGGAAGAAUGGAAAAAUAGAGAUGAAUGUGUCAGAAUUGGUAAUUGGUAUUAGUAAAGCUACUGCUACGGUCCAAGAUGAAGUCAACAUCAAGAAGAUAACUCCCACUGUCAAAUGACUAUUAAUGUCACUCUUGAAUUCUCUUUCUCUUCCUAAGCCAUUGAGUAAUCUUUGAUUUAUCAUCUUGUUGUUUUUGAAUUAAUUGUCGUAUUACUUAGUAAUCUUAACUUUUUUAAGUAGUACUCAGUUCAA